AAAAAUUGUCAGCUGCAAUUACAUGUGUAUUAUUAAAAAAACAAUGUUUUUUCAAUGUAGGCUGUAUUCAGAAAGAAGAAGUUCCAGACCCCUCUGAAGCCCUUUACAUCAGGGUACAAGUUGGAGGACUAUGUGAUUGGGAAACAGAUCGGGAAAGGUUGCAAUGCAGCAGUGCAUGAGGCAGCGGCUCCGUUCGGGGCCCCUGUGGAGAGCGGGAAGUAUUCACUGGUGGAACUGAACCAGAAAGAAACAGAUGAUGACAAUAAGAAAGCAGGACCGCUUAGAUUUCCUGCUACACCCAGCUUUCCUUUAGCUAUAAAGAUGAUGUGGAACAUUGGGGCUGGUUCAUCAAGUGAUGCCAUCCUUCGCUCUAUGUCCAUGGAGUUGGUUCCUGCAUGUCCACAGGCCCUAACAAAAGAGCAAGAAGAGAUUGCUUUGGAUGGCCACUUUGGAACUGUGCCUAAAAGACUGACUGCUCAUCCCAACGUGAUCACAGUGUACCGGGCCUUCACUGCUGAGGUCCCGCUGCUGCCUGGAGCUCAGGAGGAGUAUCCUGAUGUCCUGCCUGCCCGACUCAAUCCACAGGGUUUGGGCAGUAAUCGCACACUGUUCCUGGUCAUGAAGAAGUGA